AUGCCUGCCAUCGGCAGUCUGCCUGUAGCUUCUGAAGCCAUAAGUAUAUUUGAUCCUGCAAGUAUUGUGCUUACACUAGCUUCUGUUGUCUGUAUGAUCACCGUUUUGAGUAUGUGCACCUGCUGUCAUCGCAAGGUUAAGAACAGAGAUCCCGACGACGUUUACGGUGUUGUAAAUCCUGCCGCAGUGACUAUAUCGUCGGGAGAAGGACCAGCAUCCCAUUCUGUUCACUUCCGAACUCAAUCGGUAUCUCAAACAAUAACAGAACGACACUCACAACCAGCAGGGAAGACGAAUACGAGUAACUUCAAUGCUUCUCGUGUUUCUGCUCCAGGAAGAGCGUUGCCUCAACUGCCUGGGGAUUUAUAUGCAGCUAUUGACAAAACCAGGAAGGAUGAUAUACGAUUUGUAGACGAAAUUGUUAAUCCAACAUACGAAUCAAUUGAUCCUGAUGCUGACAGCAUUAUUGAUCCGCUGUAUUCGAAGGUUGGUGAACCUCGAGUUGCAAAACGUGAGAGGAGAUAUGAUUAUCCUGUUUUUUCUGGUAGAAAAGCUGAAACCGGCCUCCCAACUCAAAACUCUGGCGAAAUGCUAUAUCAAAGUGCUUCUCAAAUCUAUGGACCAGGGAGUGAAGAUCCUUACAGCAGUAUCACUUCUGACUCCCGAAUGAUUUCAAAUUCCGUAGAUGGAGAUACGAGCAGUGCCUAUGAUCCCGGCUACGCUAAGGUGCAUACAAACGGCUUGGAUGCUAAACGGCUAGAACGGACGGAACGCGAACUAGAUCAGCUGUAUUCCAAGAUACGACGGAACAGCGGGGAUAGAAGUGCCUCUUCUCCUGUUCCAGGUCCUUCGUCGUUGAAUAUACCAGAAGCAGCUUCCAGUGAGCCAUUAGUUGAAGUUUCCCACCCACAGGUCGAUACACAGUCGGUAACUUCAAGAGAGCCUUCUUAUCGAUAUAUUACUGUUCGUGAGAACGCCGAUGUUGUGAGAGAGCGGCUUAGACAACAAGGAGGGCUUGGACCUCCGGUUCGUGAACAUUACUAUUCAACAAUUGGAAAUGAGUAUGAGACUGUCGGUGAUGGUAAUAGCAGUAGUAGUUAUUCUCAACUGAACAGUGUCCCUAAUCAAGCUCUAUCGAACUCGCUAAUUGAUCAGGAGCAUACAUCCCGUAUUGCUGCAUCAGACUCUAAUGUUUAUAACGAUUUAUCAGUUUCUGUGACAAAUCGGGAAUUAGUUCCUCAUCCUCCCACCUCUCCAAUUCCUGAUAGAAAUAGUGUGAAAUCCAACGAAGUUUUCGGUUCUUCUUCAAAUGAAACAUUCCUUGGAGUGACUACUACGUCUUCUCUUCGGUUAACGCCGCCAGUCACAUCCACGGUCUCAAACACACAGAAUGGGUUUCGGGUGAAUGAUGGCUUGGAAAGAACUGAGGAAGCUAAUGGAGCUACCUAUACUCUUGUUACUAAACCAGUGAGGAAUGGAAAUGAGAAAGCAACUGCAAGCAGAUCUUUUACGACAACCUUUGAUGCUGCUCCAGUAAUGGGACCUGGAAAUGAGACAUCAGGGUCAGUCACUAGUUUUGGAAGUUGGAACGCUCCUUCUCUUAGCACCGCGACUUCGUUCGCUGGACUGCAACGACCCUACUCCAGCUCGAAUACAAUAACCACAAAUUUGAUUGCUCCCGCACAAGAUCGGCGGUCGGCCUCUCCUCUCGCCACGGUUCAGGGAAUCCAGGAGUUCAUGCAAAAACCAACACUACCUUACAAUGAAGAUACGAUAAUCGGUCGAAAAAUAACAGAGGAGAGAGAAACUAUUAUUGAAAAUCGAAUCAGUACAACUACAAGCCAAGCGCCUGAUAAUCCGUUUCCUUCAGAAGUUUUGAGUCGCAGUUUUGAAUCGACGUUUCUGAACGAUAGAGCACCAGCCACUGAACGGGUAUACCAUGUUGAGAUCAAAAAAAUCGAUGGGCCCAGCGCCAAUGAUAUCAUAUCCGCUCGAAGGAUACGUAGUUCCAGUCAGUCAAAUGUUUCCACCUACCCGUCCCUCGAUUCUAGUCGUAACGCUCUUCAUCCAUUAAACCUUUCCUCUCAAAAUUCACAACCUGGUCCCUCAUCUCCUUUCAAUAACGCUGACACAACAGUUCUGAUUCCAAAACAGGUACAAACAUCAUUACCAUUGACCGAAGAGCAAGAUGGGGCUUAUCCUCCUAGUACGGCUCGUAGUCGAAGUAGUACUAGGUCAGCGCUGCCGGUACCUAUGAACGGAGAGGAAGUUAAAAGAUUAGCUGAUCGUUCGAGACAAAGACGACAAGAAAGCAUUGAAAGGGAAGAAUUGGAGAAAAAAGCAAACCAACAACCAAGUGGAAGAGGCUUAGAGAGAAGUUCGGAACGAAAAAAACCUUGGAAAGUUGAGACCGAAGAAGAAAAAAAGCAACGGUUAGGAACAAUCUAUACAGCCAAUGACUACGUGAGCACGAUUGAUAUGGGGACGGCUCGCCCGUGGCCCAUGAUGGGGAGCAGCUCACCUCCAAGUUUGAGGAAAGAGAGCUCGACUUCUCGUGUGAACCAGGAAGAGGAAGACAACAACAAUGUCAAAUCGGCAAGAGAACAGUUACUCAAAACGGAACCGGUAAUGUUCUCAUGGGAUCUCAGUGAAUGUUCCUCCCUGAACGAGGAACUGUUACAGGGGGAAACAUCACCAACUUCGACGGGCAAAUCAGGAAGCUGUCAAGAUCCUCUAUGUUUUUGCCACAGCAGGUCGCCGCGUAGUUUAGUCUUGCGAGGAAACAGAAAGGAGAUGACAAAACUAAAUUGGGGGAAGCCUAUCGACGAUGAUUAA